GUCUCAUGUAACCAACCACGCCGCGGCACGUCAGUUUUGAAGCGAAGUUUGAAAUGGCAUUACAAGCUAUUGCAUCGCUUGUACUUUUAAGUUUCAUUUUAUUGCCAACUUUGUGUCAAAACACGGAAGAGGAUGAGGAUAUGACAUACGCCUUUGAGCCAGAAGAGCGGUUUUUGGACAUAUUCCCGCUGACCGAGGAUAAUUUCACUGACAGUGUUAUGAGAAGUAGCGAUGCCUGGAUUGUCAUUUUUCAUGCUGGUCAGUUAAAGCGGAGUUGGAAGUCGAUGGCCGUCAAUCUGAGGGGCGUGGUGUGGGUGGGGAUGGUAGACACGCGCUACCAGGCAGAGCUGCUCGAAAGAAUGAAAUAUAGAGUAAACCAUGACUCAGAGGCUAGAGUGUAUCCUCACGGACCAAUGUCUAUAAAAAAGAAGUCCUGGCUGAGUGCCAAAUCCCCAAAUGAAGCUCGUAUGUUAGCAGUGGAUUCAAUUCCUGACAAUUCACUUCGGAUCAAGGGGAAGAACCUCCAGGAAUACCUUGUAGACUGUUUUAUGUCCAAGCCUUCUAGAUUCCCACUCCUGCUCCUCACUGAGGAGACUGAGACCCCUGUUCUAUUUAAAGCUGUAUCUUACAGAUUUAAGCGGUACUUUAAUGCAGCUCGGGUUGUGAAACCAACUCUGGACGAUUACAAUGCCCUAGGAAUGGAGGACAGUUUCUUUGACACACCCCUUUUGUUCAUCCUUCUACCUGAUGUCAAGGACAAAGGGACCAAGAAAACCCAGGAUUUGGGUUUCAGUGCAGUGAUGUUUGAAACUAAGAGGAUGGGAGACUUAAACUAUCCCAACAUUUUGAGAUUUUUGUUUGGGGUCAAUAAUUCAUAUAGACACACUCUACCAGGGGAUAAUCAAUCAAAUGAUCAGGAGGUUUCCGAAAUGUCAGACAUUGUAAAAAUCGAGAGUAAAAGGUUUGAAAUGGAGAAGCCAAAAAAGAAAGCUAAGAAAGAUGAUGAUUCUAGUAUUAAAUUUACAAUGACAAACACAAUGAGUGGAGCAGUCCGAGAUGAAUUAUAGCAGAACUUCCAUUUCAAUUGUACACUUGACUCUCCUCAAAUGCUUCCAUUCCAUAUAAGAAUACUUGCCAGUUAGUGUCAUAAAACAAUAUACAAUGUUAGUUUUUCCUGCUUUCAUUUAUAUGUUUAAUGCAAAUAUUUGAUCUUAAUUUUGCUACGCAUUAACAAAAAUACUGUUCCACACAUGCUGUAAAAUGUAUGUAAAUUAGCACUCAAAAUUAAUCACAGUCUUCCUCAUCAAGCUUAAUCAUGAGUUGGGCGCAUUUAUAGCAAAGCUUCCAAGUGUAUUUGUUUUUAUUAUACAAUCUAUAUUACAUGAAUUAGAGGAAAAGAAGCAGCAUUUCCUUUGCCAAUUUAAAACUGGCUGAAAAAAUAUGAGAUGCAAGAUGUUUAAAACUUUGUGAUGCAUGUAUAUUGACUAGCUACUCUUAAAGUGUUCACUGCAGUAGAGUCUCUCAUUAGUUGCUGUGUUGUUACAACUUUUCCUCCUUUCAGUAAAUGUAACUAUUCAUGAAAAUGAUGUAAAAGUUUAGGAGUAUAAUGUAAAAAUCCUAUCAUUAAAGAUAUAUAUGUGAAAAGUGAUGAUAUAUAGUUGAUAAAUUUUCACAUUUAGGAUUAUGGUACUUUCUAAACUGAAAAUAUAUUCUGAAUUGCUUACAUGUAAUUCAACAAGAUCAGAUACUCUGAUAAACAAACUGGACAGUUUGUGAAGAUGUGCCUUUCUAUUGAACCCUGUUAAAAGAGUUUUAUUUUUUUUCUGGUUACACAAUGCUUUUUUGGAAUAAAAUUUCUUGUUACUGUGUAUGUA